GGGAUCUGUCACCUGACUGGCAUCAAGCAUGGCCGCCCUGGAAGCUAAGAUGCAUUUGACUCCAGGGGCAGCUGGUGUGUUGCUUGUAGGGGGUACUGCACGGACGAGAACCUUGAGAAUACAUUUCGCCUAACGCCUCCCUUUCUAACUCCCUGCACUCGGUGCUGGGAAAAUGAGUUACCCAUUUGGAAAAGAGGAAACCGCUACCGAGGAACAGCUUUUUGAAUUUUUCUGCGAGUGCCUGCGGCGGGGAAACUGGGAGCUGGCACAGGCAUGUGUACCUCAGCUACGCCAGGGACAAGGGGAGAUUCCCAAAAAGGUGGAAGAUAUACUCCAGGCGCUGGUGCAGUGUCCCACUCUGCUAAGAUGUGGGCCAGACAUCAACCCUCAAAGACUAGCCUGGCUCUGGCUUCUCAUACUGGAAAAAUGGCUGACCCAAGAAAAGAAAUUACUUUCUGCUGUUUCCCGGAGGAAACUUGAGUUUCUUUUUUUAUCAGAAGACCUCCAAGGUGACAUUCCAGAGAACAUCCUCAAGGAGUUGUUUGAAACCUUAGCACAAGGCCCAGUGGGCAGUAUACCUAACAGAGGUCAGAGACUGGAGAGCGGGACUCCUCAGCUCAGCCUCGAAGCCGUCUCCGUGCUCUGGAAUCUUCUGACGAGAGCCCCCGGGCCAGCCCAGGCCCUGUUGGAACUCCUGCUUGAGGAGCACCAGGGGGCCAGCCUCUGUCACAGUCCUCUGCAGAAAUCACUGCUGGACCUCAUUCGAAAAGCAUCACAGAACCUGCGGGAUCCCGCCUCCCAGCAGUCUGGGGUGGCCACUGCUAUCUGUGGAGCCCUUCAGGCUCUGUGUUGCACUGUUGAGCCACCAGAGAGUGAGUGGCGUGUCCUGUGUGAGGAACUGUUGGAGACCUGUAGGACUGAGGGCAGUCCCCUGCAGGAAGAACGGCUGCUUGGUUGCCUGUUGCACAAGGCUGGACGGAGCCUACUGUCCCUCUACGGCCACAUCUAUGCAGAGAAGGUGACAGAAAAGACACCAAAGGCCACACUUUCAGGAAAAGUGUCCCCAGAUCAUCCUGAUCCUGAGAGGGCAAUGCUGGCCCUGUUCUCCACACCUGACCCAGCCCGCGCUUGGAAGAUGGCUUUUUUCUACUGCCUGAGUAACAGCAAACACUUCCUGGAGCAGAUCCUGGUAACAGCACUAACCCUGUUGAAAGAGGAAGACUUCCCCAACCUUGGAUACCUGCUUGAUCGAGAGUUCAGGCCUCUCAGCCACCUGCUCAUACUCCUGGGCUGGACACACUGCCAGAGCCUUGAAUCAGCUAGAAGACUACUCCAAACCCUCUACAGGACCCAGGACAGAGGCCAUGAUGAGCUUCUCAGGGACGCCUGUGAAGGACUGUGGGCUCACCUGGAAAUCUUGGAGUGGUGUGUGCAGCAAAGCAGCAGCCUCAUACCAAAGAGAGAGCUCUUAUGUCACUUACAUGGUGGAGACAGCCACUCCGUGCUCUACUCCCUCCAUCACCUUACAAACCUUCCAGCCCUCAGGGAGGAAGAAGUUCUCAAGCUCUUACAGAAGGUGCCAACCAAGGACCUCCAGCAAGAGCAUGAUGAUACCCAUGAUGCCUCAGUUCCUGAGCACCUGAGCUCGUGUCAGAGCCUGACCCUCUACCAGGGCUUCUGUGCCAUGAAGUACGCUGUCUAUGCCCUCUGUGUGAACUCACAUCGGCACUCUCAGUGCCAGGACUGCAGGGACGGCUCCUCUGAGGACCUGGCCUUGGUAGAGCCAGGCAAUGACUCUCUCCCCUCCCCAGGUGCUUCACAUCUCUUCCCAACAUACCUGGCCAGGUGCCAACAGUAUUUACGCAGUAUCCCCGACUCUCUGUGCCUGGAAAUUCUGGAAAACAUCUUCUCGUUGCUCCUCAUUACCUCUGCCGAUCUUCACCCAGAGCCUCACCUGCCCGAGGACUAUGCUGAGGACGAUGACACUGAAGGGAAAGGCCCCUCGGGUUUGAGGUCUCCAUCAGAGAGCCCUCAGCACAUAGCCCCACCUGAGAGGAGGUCAGAGCGGGGCUCCCUGGGACCCAGGAGCCUUGCUCAUGCAAUGCCAAGUUGUCCAAAGGCAGAGCCGAAAGACAGUUCGCCAGGGCCUCCCAAGCACAGCUUUUUGGACCUAAAGCACUUUACUAGUGGCAUGAGUGGAUUCCUGGCCGAUGAGGUUGCAAUAGGAGCAUUCCUCAGCCUUAUUCAGGAGCAGCUGGAUAAGAUCAGCAGCCACAGCACUCCUGAGGAGACAAAGCUGCCAGAAGGCCACGGCUGUUUGGCAGGCAGAGAUGGACUGCAGAAUCGCCUGCACCGGUUCUCAAAGGUUCUCUCCGAGGCCCAGUGGCGAUACAAGGUGGUAACAAGCAACCAGGGCUCAGAAGAACAACCCUCCCGAAGAUACCGGCCCACUGCCACAAGGCACGCUAGUCUGCACAGAGGUCGACGGACUAGAAGGAGCAGGGCAGAAGGCCGGGAAAGAGGCUCCAACCCAUCCUUGGAAAGUACAAGUAGUGAGCUGAGCACAAGUACUUCAGAAGGGAGUCUGAGUGCUGUGUCUGGGCAGGUAGAGCUGGACAUCCGGUUACAGCCCCAACCUCAGAGUUCAAUCAUCCCAAUGAUGUUCUCCCCACCCGAGUCCCUGCUGGCAUCCUGUAUUCUCAGGGGGAACUUUGCAGAAGCCCACCAGGUGGUCUUCAUGUUCAACCUGAAGUCCUCACCCAGCGCUGGGGAGCUGAUGUUUGUAGAGCGUUACCAAGAGGUGCUCCAGGAGCUAGCCCGCGUAGAACAUAAGAUUGAAAACCAGAGCUCAGACGCGGGUCAUAACACUCUCCGGCGCACGGGCAGUGGGCGCUCAACUCUGCAGGCCAUUGGCAGCGCUGCAGCAGCAGGGAUGGUGUUUUACUCCAUCUCUGAUGUGACUGACAAGCUCCUCAGCUCCUCCGAAGACCCCAUCCCCACGCUCCAGGAGGACUUUUGGAUAAAUGCUGCGCUGACAGAGACAACCACUCCUCUUAGAGAAGUUCUGGAAGACCUCAGUCCCCCUGCCAUGGCUGCGUUUGACCUCGCUUGUUGUCAGUGCCAGCUCUGGAAGACCUGCAAACAACUCUUGGAAACAGCUGAGCGGCGACUGAGCAGCAGCCUUGAGAGCCGGGGUCGAAGGCUAGACCAGUUUGUCCUCAAUCCCGACGGUAUUCGAGGCUUUCCAGUUGUCCUUCAGCAAAUUAGUAAGAUUCUCAAUUACCCACUCACGUUAACCGGACUAACAAAAUCGGAGAGUCUAGAAGAAAGGGGAGGAGGCGCUCCUCGGUGGAGCAUCUCUGAGCUGCUUCAGAUGUGCUGGCCCAGCCUCACCGAGGACUGUGUCGCCAGCCACACCAGCUUUGCCCAGCAACUGGAUCAGGCUCUCCAGUCACUGCGCAACGCCCUAGCGCUCCCAGAGCCCAAGAGUACUCCACUCACUUCCCUAGUGGAGCAGGCCGCGCAGAAAUCCCCUGAGGCAGAAGCCCACCCUGUGUACAUCCAAAGUCAACUCCUCCAGAAAACCCUGGGGAAACAGACGCUGGUGGGCACCAGGCAGACAGACUAUGUGGGAGCCUUCUUCAGCUACUGCAGCACCCUGGCUGCAGUCCUUCUUCGGAGUUUGAGCUCUGAUCCCGAUUCCGUGGAGGUCAAGGUUGGAAACCCCUUUGUCCUCCUGCAGCAGAGCUCUUCCGAACUGGCGUCACAGCUCCUGCUUGAGCGACAAGUUCCCCCAGACAGGUUGGCAGCCCUUCUUGCAAAAGAGGGUCUCAGCCUAAGUGUGCCACAGGUCAUUGUCAGCUGCUGCUGUGAGCCCCUUACUCUGUGCCCGUCUCGACAAAGCCAGCAGGCUUCAGCCCUUCUGACCCACCUGGGCAUGCUGGCUCAGGGGCACACCUCUCACCUUCUAGAUGGCCUGCCCCUCCCUACGCUCGGCUCCCCUCAACCAAGCGAGAAUCCCUCAGCAGAGAAAAAGUCCCGUUCCUCCCCAAAGGAUUCAUCGCUCCCAGCCUUCACCUCCUCUGCCUUGGCCUUCCUGAAGUCCCGCUCAAAGAUACUGGCCACGGUGGCCUGCCUGCGGGCUUCCCGAGGGACGAAAGUGAGCAAGCCCAGCCUGUCUUGGAAGGAGCUGCGUGGUCGCAGGGAGGCACCUCUGACAGCGGAGAAGGUAGCCCAGGAGUGCGAGCACCUCCUGGAACAGUUUCCCGUGCUCGAGGCCGCCCUGCUGGCUAACUGGGAGCCUCUGCGGCAGGCCUCUGAGCCAGGCCAGGGUCUCGCAGCCAGCCUCUGUGGUCAGGCCUGUCUCUCCACUGUGCUCCUGGGCCUGCACUCUCCCGUGGCCUUGGAUGUACUAACUGAGGCCUUUGAGGAUGCUCUGGUGACCAGAGAUUGGCCACGGGCCCUUCAGCUCAUUGACGUCUAUGGGCGGGACCUGGACGACCUGAGCUGUGUACAGGAUGCGGUUCUGAGCUGUGCUGCGGCGUGUGACAAGGAAGGUUGGCAAUACCUGUUUCCUGUGAAGGAUGCCUCUCUGAGAAGUAGACUGGCCCUACGGUUUAUGGACAGGUGGCCCCUGGAGUCCUGCCUGGAGAUCCUGGCCUACUGUAUUUCAGACAUGGAGGUCCAAGAGGAACUAAAAUCUGAGCUACAGAGAAAGUUGAUGGAGCUGCGGGUCUAUCAGAAGAUCCUAGGUUUGCAGGACCCCCCAGUGUGGUGUGACUGGCAGGCCCUGAGGAGCUGCUGUGUUGAAGACCCAACCUCUGUCAUGAACAUGAUUCUGGAAGCACAGGAGUAUGAACUAUGUGAGGAGUGGGGCCAUUUUUACCCCAUUCCAAGGGAACAUUUGAUUGGUCUGCAUCACAAGCAUCUUCUCCACCUGCUAGAAAGAAAAGAACAUGAAAAAGCUCUUCAGCUCCUGCAACGAAUCCCUGACCCCACCAUGUGCCUUGAGGUCACAGAGAGGUCCCUUGACCAGCACCCGAGCUUAGCCACCUCACACUUCUUGGCCAACUACCUCACCUCCCACUUCUAUGGAAAACUGUCCACUGACCGACACCAUGAAAUCCAGGCAUUGUACGUGGGAUCUAAGGUUCUUCUGACACUGCCUGAGCAGCACCGGGCUAGCUAUGCCCACCUGUCCUCCAGUCCUCUGCUCAUGUUAGAGCAGCUGCUGAUGAACAUGAAAGUGGAUUGGGCCACCACGGCCGUGCGGACUCUGCACCAGCUGCUGGCCGGACAGGAGAUCGGCUUCACCCUAGAUGAGGUUGACUCGCUGCUCUCCAGAUAUGCAGGGAAAGCCCUGGAGCUGCCGUACCCUCUGAGGGAAAAACGAUCAGAUUCUGUGAUUCACAUCCAGGAGCUUGUCCAUCAAGCUUCAGACUCUGAGACCCUCUCUAGAUCAUCGUCAGCUGAGUUCUCUGCUGCUGCUACUGGAAGUGCCUUAGUCCGUUCCCCCAGUCCCAAGGAGAGGCCUUUCCCUCCGACUCAGCCGCCGCUGGAGUUUGUGCCCCCAGAAGCACCCCCUGCCAGGGAUCAGUGGGUCCCAGAUGAGACCGAGAGUGUCUGCAUGGUCUGCCGCAAAGAGCACUUCACGAUGUUUAACAGGCGUCAUCACUGUCGCCGCUGUGGGCGGCUAGUGUGUGGUUCCUGCUCCACAAAGAAAAUGGUGGUGGAAGGCUGCAGAGAAAACCCUACCCGAGUUUGUGACCAGUGCUACAGUUACUACAACAAAGAUGCACCAGAGGAGAGCCCAUGCCAGUCAGAAGUUCCAGACAACUCUAAGAAUGAAAGCCCCACAUAUUCAGCUGUGGUGAGAGUGCCCAAAGCAAUGGAGGUGGAAUGGAUCUUGAGUCUAAAUGAGGAAGAAAAUGAGCUGAUGCGGAGUGAAUUUUACUAUGAGCAGGCCCCCAGCGCCUCCCUGUGCAUCGCCGUCCUGCGCCUGCACCGAGACAGCAUGGCCUGUGGCCACCAGCUGAUUGAGCAGUGCUGCAGGCUGUCCGAGGGCCUCACCAACCCGGAGGUGGAUGCGGGGCUGCUCAUAGACAUCAUGAAGCAGCUGCUCUUCAGCGCCAAGAUGAUGUUCGUGAAGGCUGGCCAGAGCCAGGACCUGGCUCUUUGUGACAGUUACAUCAGCAAGGUAGACGUCCUGCAUAUUCUAGUCGCGGCUGCCUACCGCCAUGUGCCGUCUCUAGAUCAGAUCUUGCAGCCAGCUGCAGUGACCAGGCUGAGGAACCAGCUCCUGGAAGCUGAGUACUAUCAACUAGGAGUUGAGGUCUCUACAAAGACUGGGCUUGAUUCCACAGGAGCGUGGCAUGCCUGGGGGAUGGCCUGCCUCAAAGCCGGGAACCUCACUGCUGCAAGGGAGAAGUUCAGCCGCUGCCUGAAGCCCCCUUUGGACCUCAAUCAGUUGAGUCAUGGCUCACGGCUAGUCCAGGACGUGGUUGAGUACCUGGAGUCCACAGUGAGACCUCUUGUGUCCUUGCAAGAUGAUGAUUACUUUGCCACCUUGAGGGAGCUGGAAGCUACCCUUCGAACCCAGAGCCUCUUCUUAGAGGCCAUUCCUGAUGGGAAGAUCACAAACAAUGCCUACUACCAAGAAUGUCUCUUCUACCUACACAACUUCAGCACCAACCUGGCCAUCAUCAGCUUCUACAUGAGGCAUAACUGCCUUCGGGAAGCCCUGCUGCAUCUGCUCAACAAGGAAAGUCCUCCAGAAGUCUUCAUAGAAGGCAUUUUCCAGCCGAGCUAUAAGAGCGGGAAGCUGCACACUUUGGAAAACUUACUGGAAUCCAUUGAUCCAACCCUGGAGAGCUGGGGAACAUACCUGAUGGCCGCCUGCCAGCAUCUGCAGAAGAAAAACUUCUACCACGUCCUAUACGAGCUGCAGCAGUUCAUGAAGGACCAAGUCCGGGCCGCCAUGACCUGUAUUCGGUUCUUCAGUCACAAAGCCAAAUCCUACACGGAGCUGGGAGAGAAGCUCUCAUGGUUGCUCAAGGCCAAGGACCACCUGAAGAUCUACCUCCAAGAAACGUCCCGCAGCUCCGGAAGGAAGAAAACCGCCUUCUUCCGGAAGAAGAUGGCUGCAGCUGAUGUGUCCAGGCACAUGAAUACGCUUCAGCUACAAAUGGAAGUGACCAGAUUCUUACAUCGGUGUGAAAGUGCUGGGACCUCUGAAAUCACCACUUUGCCUCUGCCGACACUCUUCGGAAAUAACCACAUGAAAAUGGAGGUUGCCUGCAAGGUUAUGCUGGGAGGGAAAAAUGUGGAAGAUGGUUUUGGAAUUGCAUUCCGUGUUCUGCAGGACUUCCAGCUGGAUGCUGCCGCCACCUACUGCAGGGCCGCCAGGCAGCUGGUCGAGAGGGAAAAGUACGGGGAGAUCCGGCAGCUGCUAAAAUGUGUCAGUGAGUCAGGCGUGGCAGCCAAAAGCGACGGUGACACCAUCCUCCUCAACUGCCUGGAAGCCUUCAGGAGAAUCCCACCCCAGGAGCUGGAGGGACUGAUCCAGGCAAUUCACAGUGAUGGCAACAAGGUUCGGGCCUAUCUGACAUGUUGCAAACUGCGCUCUGCCUACCUGAUUGCCGUGAAGCAAGAACACUCGCAGGCUGCCGCCCUCGUCCAGCAGGUGCAGCAGGCCGCCCAAAGCAGUGGAGAUUCUGUAGUGCAAGACAUCUGCGCUCAGUGGCUUCUGACAAGCCACUCCCGGGGUGCCCACGGCUCAGGCUCCAGGAAGUGACCCUGGGUCGCAGAACCUAGAAACCAUCGCGUGGGAACUACGGCAGCAGGCGCAGUGACACCCAAUGUUCUCCAUCUUCCUGUGGAGCAGGACUUCCGGCCCUGGCCCUGCCCCAGCCUGGAGGGAGCAGGCUGGACCCUACUUGCCUGCGUGGGCAAAAGCAGGUCCUUUCACACAAGUGCCAUGUAAAAUCGUAGAAUCUGUGUUCGUCUGGAGAUAGCCACUUCUUUCUACCUCAGAGUGACUGCGUGUGCGCACAUGCGUGCACUCACGUUUAUGCCCCAGCAUUUUCUGAACAAAUGAGACUCCUCCAUUGAAGAGAGGCACUUUACUUUCUGCUGAUCUGAAAACCUUCCCCGAAUUUCUGCUCUUAUCUCGGGUCAUCCUGUUUGUCCAUGGUUCCUCUUCCCUAUGCAGACACACUUAAGCAGCAGGGGGCCAACAGAGAAUUACAGAGCAAUGCCAAAAAGAUUGCUUCUUCCUCCUUCCUGAAAUUCAGAGAGAGAGCUUGAGGAGUUCGCCUGUAGACUGACGGCUUUCCCGGCAACACCUCUCACAAGCACAAGGUUUUCAGGUGUGGGCAUCUUAAAGAUAUGGCGACGGUAUAGAUGUUCGGUUCUGGGAGGCUGAGGCAUCCAGAGGGGAGGAAAAGGCAGGCCUCUGAGCAUGGAGCUGGCUCUCAUCACUAUCCCUGCUGCAGGGUUGAUGGGUAAGGACACAUGGCUUUUUCUUUCGGGGUCUGGGGAGAGAAAUGGUAUCCAGGAUCCUGGGGCUGAGUGAGAUGCCAGACUCUACCAAUUUGAGUUCUGUCCUCGUUUGUGCCUCUUGAAUUAGUUAACAAGCCGUUUCUCCACCCCUCAUGCUUCCCUUUGGUCUCCUCAGGACCAUGUGUGGAUACGCCAAGACCUGGCUCGAUGAGGUAGCAGUACACAGAGGGAAUGGGGUUCGCUUCAGAGGUGGGUCCACAAAUGAGGUGGAGCAAGGGAAUCACGAGUAAGUCUCAUGCAGUGGUGGAGAACUAGAUGAAGGGUUUAAUCUGCUUUCACCUGAGAUGAGCUGGGCCUCCAGAGAAAGGAUCUGUCAUCUGGUGACUGGCUUGCAAAUGAGAGCCCUGAAGAAAGACCUGUGGCCCCAAGUCUCCCACCAGCCAGAGCUCAGCCUAUUGGUCUCGCCUUUGAUGGCAAGGCAACAGGAAAGUGAAGUCCGUAUCUGUGGUGCUUAGAAGCCCUGUUCAUUUCUUCUAAACCAAGCUUUUCUUACUAAGCAACUGCUAAUGGACAUCUGUCAGAUCCCAAGCUCUGGUCCUAUUAGAGAAGAAAGGCUAAAGGAAAAUAUCAGAUCCCUUAAGGGUUUGGUCUUUUCCUUCCGUGAGUCAUAGAACACAGCACAGCCCCCAGGAGCCGCCAUUGCCUGGUGUCUGCUUGCACUCAAGGCUGCCCUUUUUGCACUGAGCAUAAGCACUUUACACAACCGGGUUGUAAGUCUUGCAGCCCUCUAGUUGGAAUGGCACAACCAGAUUCCCCUGACUUUCUUCUAACUUGAAUUGUAAAAUAGGUGACCAUUGACCUGGUUAACAGAGAAAAGACAUCGCACUGUGGUCUCCUAAAAAGCAACAAUAGCAUCAAAACCGUUGUACACAAUUGAGUGGUUGUGUGUGCCGUACUACAUCCAAGCCACAAUAAACUAUCGAUCCCACUA